AGGGCGGCAAGAGCCAGGGAUGAAUGCGCUCUCCAGCGGCGGCGCUCAAUCCAGCUUCCACGAUCUAGAUCACUGCGCGCCUAGAAUUCCCGGCGGUGGAGCUGGAAAAUGCGCCUCCGCCGGGCGCCUGCGAAGAUCCGGCUUCAAAUCCUUGCAGCUAGUUCUUGGAAGGUGUAGAUUAUGCGGCCGCGGCGUCGGAUUAUCGUCAUCGAUCGGCCUCCGAGCGCUUCGCUCCAAUCGAAUCGGUACGUUUUGCUCGCUCGCGGUGAAUAAGGUAGCUAGUAGCAGUAGCAAUGGAAGUAGCAGGGCUUUAACUCUAGAAGAACGUAGGGACGUGCGUCAGCUCCUCCAGAUCGUCGAGAGCAGCUCCAGAUUAGGAUUCUCGAUGAAAUGGAACGGCCAGCUCUCGCAGAGACUCGUGGGGGUGAUUCUACAUAUGGUGAAAAAUGGAGAGUCCGCGAUGGUUUUCUUCGGCUGGGCUGGAACGAGGCAGGAUUUCAGGCACACUGUCCACACAUACAAUUGUUUCUACGAGGCUCUCAUCCGGACUGGCCAGUGUGAGGAAGCAUACAGGCUUUUCAAGGAGAAGUGGCCGCAGGAGCUUAUACCCGAUUCUAUCACCUAUGGUAUACUGAUUCGGGGGCUAUGCAACUUUGGAAAGCUGAAGCUGGCGUGUAGUCUGUAUGAGGAGAUGGUGGAUCGAGGACUCAGGCCGGUGGUUCUUACGUGCAAGUUUCUUCUCAACGCGCUGUGCAAGUCCGGGAAUCUAGAGUUGGCACUCCGCUACUUUGAGAAAAUGUCCAGCAUUCCGUGUGCUGCGACGUGGACUAUUCUCAUAGACGGGCUUUUCAGGGCGAUCAGAGUCGACGAGGCUUGCUACUACUUCGAAGAGAUGAAGCAUACCGCGAUUCCAAACAACUGGACUUACACGGUGGUUAUAAAUGGCCUCGUGAAGGCUGGGAAAGUAGCAGAAGCGGAACGGGUUCUCCAGGAGAUGCCGGUCCCGACGCUCGCGAAUUACACCUCAGUCAUCGGUGGACACUGCAAAGCCGGUGAUAUGGGAAAAGCUUACCAUCUUCUCGAGGACAUGAAACGCAAGGGUUACCAGGGCGACAACCUUACGUACAACACGCUCAUUCAUGGACACUGCAGGCUGCAAGAGAUUGACAGGGCAUACGAGCUGCUAGAGGAGAUGAAAAGUAACGAUUUUGUUCCAGACAUCUUCACUUAUGACAUCCUCAUUGCUGGUCUUUGUAGAGCAAAGCGGCUGAGCGAGGCUCGCGACCUUUUGGGAACUCUACGCAAUGAAGAUGACUGUACUCCCAACGUUGUUUCCUACAACACCCUGAUCGAUGGCUUUUCCAAAGCCGCCCGUGUCAACGACGCUUAUCAGCUCUUUCUAGAGAUGGUCACAGCAGGACAACAUCCCGAUGUAGUGACUUACAGCACUCUCAUCCGAGGACUUUGCAACGCUGGAAGAGCAUCCGAAGCCCACUCGUAUCUGGAAGAAAUGGUUGGCAAGAAAAUCUUACCAAAAGUUCCAGUUUACAGCUCUGUCAUCUCUGGGCUUUGUAGAGCAGGCGAGUUGGAUGCUGCUUCAACUGUUUUCGACAGUAUGGUUGCGAACGGUUGCCAACCAAAUCUCGCUGUCUACAACUCCCUCAUCUACGGGCUGUGCAAGACGGGCAGACUCUGUGAUGCAAAGUUGCGCGUGAAGGAGAUGACUGAAAGAGGCUGCUCACCGGAUGGUGUCACGUAUGGAACACUGAUAGUGGGGCUUUGCCGAUGGAGCAGAACAGACGAAGCAUGUGACCUUUACGUCCGAUCACUGGAACAGGGAAUCGAAAUCAGUGAAACAAGCUGCAACGUUGUCAUAGCCAGCCUCCGCUGUCUUGAGCAAGCUCAACGUGUUCUUCGCGUCGUUCUUGCUACGGGGAAUUCUCCAACGGCUUUUUUCUACGCGACUGUGAUCGAGAGCCUCUGCAAAGAGAACAACUUAGCGGAAGCUCGUCAGCUACUUGAAGAUAUGAUCGGAGCAGGAAUCAAGCCGGAUGGCUCUACAGUUGACGCUCUGGUCGGAGCGAUGUGUCGUCAAGAUAAGGCCGUCGUAGCCAUGGCUUUUCUUGAGGAAAUGGUGAGGCUCGGUUCCAAACCUUCAGUUGGUACGUACAGCACACUCUUGAACGCUCUCUUCAAAGCAGGGAAGCCAAGCGAAGCUCAUGUGGUCCUUCGAAGGCUGAUAAGCCACACCAGUUGUUUCCCCGACGAACUCUGGUACGUUGGCCUGAUCGCUGCUUACUCAAACCAGGAUCAGGUGGAGGAGGCCCGUAACGUCCUCCAGGAGCUGAAAAGCAAGUGGGGAAUCCAAAGCAUAGUUGCAUACAACACCCUCUUGAAAGGACUUUUCAGGACGCGGAACCUUCAGAUGGUUUACGAGCUUCUCAGGGAGAUGAAGAGGAACGAGUUCGUGGUGAAUGAGGCUACUUUCAACAUUCUGAUUCAAGGAUUCUGUCGGCUGGGACAGACCGACCGAGCUGUGCGAGUUCUCUCCGAGAUGAAGAAGGUGCUUACUCCCAGCGCUGCUAUCAUCAAGUUCCUCGUGGAUGAACUCGCGAGAGCUGAAAGAGAACAAGAGUCCAAGGAUCUUGUCAAGCGUCCGGUGUGACGGACACGUAUUUGCUCGAGCUGGCCCGGUACGAGUUCUCCCACACCUACUUAUCUUUGGUACUCUACUUUCUCAGUGGCUGCAAAGUCCGUGGAGGUUCGUUCCUUGGCUACAAAUCUUGAGGAUCUGAUCAGCUGCUAUAUCUGUAACAGUCCGAAUCUCAAUCGUGGCCAUUUCAUCCGACGGCCUUCUAAAGAGGAGAUUUUUCUUCGAGGACUGUCGUAAGCACUACGGGGAAAUGGCGACUUUCCUCGCUGCUCUAGUAGCAUCGGCGAUCUUCCUUGUAGAGGCUCACACAGCAGCAUCGGCAGCACGAUCUUUGCUGGACGUAAGCUCGCCGGACAUCAAUUUCCAGACUAUCAU